AGAAAUGGCUGGAUAGACCUCAUCUGUGCUCAUGGGCUUUCUGUGUCUUUUUGUGACGCAUCAGCCUGACCCUAGCCCCACGAGACCAAAGCCAUCGAGUCCACCUUGAGCUCUUACACUAAACAGCCCGUGCUUGGCUCUAUCAUUGUUUCCUCUCGAAACCAACGCAUCGGGAUCCCAAACGAAGCACUCAAGCGGCGAGAGCGCAGCGAUUCCUUCUGCAAUAGAACAUCUCCCGCUGUGUUCGAUCUCUGCUUUGCCGUUCCGCUGCAUCCCGGAAACAGCGGGCAAUCGAACGAGGGAAACGGGAAAGGGGAAAACGCACAGUCCACUUCUUGUCUUGGACCCCCUCCCCUGGCGCAGGCUAUUUUGGCGCCCUCCAUUCUGUGUCGUCAUCGGACCAACAUCUUGGACCUGAGACGGUCGAAACCUUGAACAGCCGACCCUCAGCGCCCCCCUCCACCGUCUUUUUUUGUCGAAAUCUCUCGAAGUUCUUGCUUUCUCUCCGUGCGCGCAAACUUCCAGUCUCUGCAUUCAAAUAUCCCUUUGGACCCUGAAUCUGUGGUCUCCCUUGGCCUGUGAUCUGCCGAACACCCCCGCACUUGUCCGUCUUGUGUAGUACUCCACCAGAACCUUGCCAUGGCUCACCGGACAUCUGCCCCUGACCUUGUUCGCGAGCGCCCCGACCGCUUCGAAAGGGGCCGCUUUGAGUAUGAAAGAGACCGCGAUCGGUUCAGCGAGAUCCGAGAGCGCUUCGAAGACGACGACGACGACUACGUGUACGAGCGAGAACGCCGUGUAACAUCCCGGCCUCCCCCCCGCGACCGCGACCGAUCCGUCGACCGCCGUUCCCGGGCCCCCUAUGACGACGACGAGACCAUCAUCCGGGAGCGCCGCCGGGUCAUUUAUGAUGACGAGCAACCACGCAGUAUCCUUCGACGUCGACCAUCUCCUGAGAGUGAGGUGGAGCGCAGGUCUUCUGUCGUGAUUGAGAAGGAGAGAAGGUACCGCAGCCCGUCACCCUCCAAUGCGCCCCGUCCUGGACGACUUUUGAGACGGCAAUCGAGCCUGGACACUUUUGAUCGCAGGCCCCGUGGAUAUUACGAGCGUGAGGAAUACGUGACCCCCGCCCGCCGCCUGGACCACAGUGUUCCGCCCUACGCCGAGAGCCACCGGCCGCUGCCCCGCCACCGAGCCCUGCCCCCUCCCAGAGUGUACGCCGAACGUGAAUACUUCGACGAGAUCCACGUCGAUGACCAUCACCAUGACCACCCCGGCCGAGUCCGCGAAAGGGAGGUGAUCCACACCCGCAUGAGGUCACGGAGUCGAGAGUCGCGCAUCCGUCGUGGAAGAUCCCGAUCGUCCAGCAGGAGCAGCUCCUCAAGCAGCAGCGGCGGCACCAGCCUCACUGCCCGAAGCGAGUAUCCAAAGAAGGGCAAGACCCGCAUUCCAGCGCGCCUGGUCUCCAAGCGGGCGCUUAUUGAGCUUGGUUACCCAUUCGUCGAGGAGGGAAACACAAUCAUCGUCCAGAAGGCACUUGGCCAGAAGAACAUUGACGAUUUGCUGAAGCUGAGCGAUGAUUAUAAGAAGAGUACGCCCACCCCGUUACUCCCCCACCAGGACAAAAAAGUAACAUUCCCAGGCGAGUUCGAGAUCAUGGCCGCGCGAUCCAGCGCUGGUGAUAUCAUUGAGGAACGUCGAACAGAGAUUGUCGAGUACCACACCACGGCACCUCCCCCUGCGGUGCACUACCACCAUCAACACCCGCCGGCCCCGGCCGGUAAUGGUCCUAUUAUCAUCAACGCCCAGCCCGCUCCCGCACCAGCCCCUCCCGUCGAGGUGGUCAAGACAACCAUGAUCCGCGAGCAGUCCCCAGCACGGUCCUACACGACCACCUCGUACGACACCACCUCGUACGGCACAACCACGUCAUAUGACACCUCUCUUACCUCCAGGGGCCCACCCACAGUGAUUGUGGACGCCCGCCCGCGUGAGGUAGCCCUUGUCGAGCCUUCUCGGGAUACCUGGCGCUACGACGAUAAUGAUGAGCUGCGGUCUGAGAUUCGGCAUCUGGAGCGGCAGCUCGCGCGGCGGGAACGGUCAAAGUCGAGACACUCGCGUCACGGCAGCCGAGGCGACCUGGUUAGGGCGGAACGGUUGUCGACGGGCGAGCUGGUGCUGUACGAAGAGGAAAUUGAGACAAUUGAGGAGCCUGCGAGGGGAGGGUUGAGAAUCGAGAAGGACAAACGAGGUAGGAUGUCUAUCAGCGUGCCGAGGAACCGGUAACCGGUGCUCGGUUUGCCGGAUUCGGCCCCCCUCCCAGGUUGAUGAAGGCUAUGUUGGCUACUUUGACUUGAGUGAGCAAUUUCGAAUCAAGCAAGCAAGCGAAGCGAAGCCAGUUGAAGACGAGAUUGGAUAGUAAGCGUCUGGGAGGCGAUCUUUUUGGAUGAUGUGAUUGGUUGCGAAUUUCUUUGUUUGAGAUUCUUUUGGGCGCGGCAGCAGCAUACUAAUAAUGUGGGCGGCUGUUUUUGGUUACGAUGUGAUGAUGACUUUUUAAUGAGAUAUACAGUGUGGGAAAUAUGCAUAUGGAAUUUGGGAAGGUCUGGAUGUGGUGUGAAAUGUAGGGGCAGAAGCUA